AUGACAAGUUUGGUCGAGACAUACUAGAAGCAGUAUGCGGUAAUUACCAAACCAGAAUUUGUGGAAUACAUUCAAUUUUUAAGAUUUCUUAAACUUACUGAAAACCCUGCCAUCAUCUCACUUGAGCCCAAGAUCUGUUUUGCCUGCUGGUCAAUUUUCACUAAGAACUAUGAAACUAGGCACCUAGGGCAUUAACAGACAAAAAACUUUAAAGUUAUGGCAGAAGCGAAUGCAGACAGCAUCAUAAGCCUCAAAUAGAAGUAUCUUAGAUAUGAUAGUGAAUAAAAAACUGUAGAAAAAUUUUAAGUUGACUAGGAAUUCAUGAAUAUAAUAAGAAAAGAAUUCAGCAGCUUUUAAGCUUCUGAAUAGCAAAAAUAAAGAGAACAAUAUACUUAACAAUAGCAGCCUUCAUGA